GAUCUGGUUGUAGUGUUGAGUGGACUUUUGCAGAGGUUUGUAAAAUGGGUCUUCUGACCCUUCAAGAAACGAAGUAUUUCCGAAGAACUUUGAGAUUCAACGCUGCCAGACAGACGCUUAUUACCGGAUUUUGUCCUAUAUGCAGAUCCACUGUGAUGAGAGAGAAUGUAUCAGAUUUGAAUGUCCCCUGUAAAGUGUGCACAGCAGUAAAAGGAGAGCUGUUUGAAUUCUGCUGGCAGUGUUUGAGGGAGUGGAAGGGUCCACGGCCACGGAAAGACCGCUGUGAAAAUGAUGGCUGCUGUAACGAAUCACUAAAAACACUACAGACCUGCCCAGAUAUCACAUUUAAUUCAGUGGAGGAAGUCCACGGGUGUCCCUCUGUCCGUGCCUGUCCCACCUGUGGCUUCCUGGUAGAGCACAGCAAGAGGAAUUGUAAAUUUGUUGUUUGUCCUCGAUGUAAGGUGAAGUUCUGUUUUGUGUGCCUGAAGAGCAAUACUAAAUGUAUUGAAACCAGUGACUACUUUGGACCUUGCUUCAGUCGUGUAGCUCCCAGACAGACAGCUAUACCUGUAUGGCAGAAGAAAUAAUGAAAAAGACACAAAGCUCAAGUGUGUGAGAUGUGAAAGUGCCUUUUCUGUAAUAAUAUACCAUGUUGUUUUUUUUAAAUAACCUUUUUAUAAUUCUCUGUUCUCUUGGAAAAGUUGUCAAAUAUAAUCAGUGUUGGUUUUUCUUGAUGAGAAAUUUGCUACCAAAUGUGAUCUUUGCAGCUGCAUUAUGUCUGAAUCAUAACGACAAUGAACCUGAAAAAUGUUAUUCAUUCAUAGAUUUAAAGUAAAGUUAAUCAUACAUUC